AUGUCCAACCCCAGUGAGACAGAACUAAUUCAUAUGUUUAAGGGGAUUCCCUUUACCACCAGGUCUUCUCUAGAACUCUUAAAAUCCUUGGAUACUUUUGAUGCUAGGGAAGAUGAUGUCCUUUUGGGUUCCUAUCCCAAAUCUGGCACACACUGGCUGGCAGGAGUUAUAACAAAGCUUUACAAUACUCCAAUUACACUAACAUCUCCCAUUGAAUAUGGAGAUGUUUCCAGACUGGAGGAACUGAAUAAACUCUCAUCAAAGAGAAUCAUCCCAACGCACUUGGACUACAACAUGUUGCCUUCAAAUUUUAAGAAUAAAAACUGCAAGAUGAUCUACAUCAGCAGAAAUCCAAAAGAUACUGCAGUUUCUAUGUAUCAUUACUACAGAGAGAAUCCACACCUUCCCACUGUUGAUACCUGGACUGCUUUCUUUGACUUGUUCUUAGAAGGAGAUGUUGUCUGUGGAUCUUGGUUUGAUCAUUUCCUAAGUUGGGAAGAACAUAAAAAUGACAAAAAUAUCCUGUUUUUGUUCUAUGAAGACAUGAAGAAGGAUCUCCCUAAGAUUGUGAAGGAAAUCAGCGUGUUCCUGGACAUAGACAUCAGUGAUGAUGAUAUCCAAGACAUCUGCAAGAAGUCAUCCUUCUCAGAGAUGAAAAACGACACUGAAAAAGAAAACAGUGACCCCAGUCACACGGUCUGUGCCCUGACAUCCAACAGGAAGCUGAUUUUCAGAAAAGGUACUGUUGGUGAUUGGAAGAACCAUUUCACUCAGAAACAGAACUUAAAGUUUGAGGAAAUAUUUAAUGAGAAAAUGAAGCUCAGCAAAAUGGCAAAAAGUCUCACCUAUGAAUUCUGA